AAAAAUAAAAAACAGUAUUAUUUUAUUAGAGUAUUGAAGUUUUCGUUACAUAUUUUGUAAGCUUCAUUAAAUAAAAAUGGAUUGGCAAUCAACGUGUCGUGUAUGUCUAGAAAGUGGAGAAGCCGUUUCUCUAUUUGAUUUAGAUGAAAACGACCAACAGUUCAGUGAAAAAUACAAAUUUUGCUGCAGCAUAGAGAUUAACGAAGACGAUCUAUUACCUACGUUAAUAUGCUUAAAUUGUGUGGACAAGUUAAUAAAUGCAUAUGAAUUCAAGCAACAAUGUCUUACAUCGAACCAAAUGCUUCAAGAGUGCGUAGAGGAGUACAAAAAGUCUGUAGAUUCUGCAGAAGAGAACAUGAAAGAUGAGUUAGAUGAUCUAAGCACAAAACAAGAGAAUGGUAUCCUGUAUCAAUAUGAACUACCGAUAGAACAGGACAGUGAUGGCCAGUGGACUCGGACACUAGUGAAGACUCCCAGUAGUUCAGUUGUGACCAAAGCCUUGGGUCCAAGAAAGAGAGGGCGACCAAGGAAAUAUCCUAAUGAACAAGGACAAAUUGAUGUUUCACCGUAUCAGCGGAAGAAACCCAAACCACAUAAUCCUGAACCUGAGGCAAUAACAACUAUGAUAGCAAAAGGCUCUUUGAAUAUAAAAGAAGAACCUUUCGAGGAGGAAGAAGACCUGUUCACUGAAAAUUCGAACGAUUGUGAUGAUCCAGAUUUUGACCCAAAUACAGCACCUGAGUCUCUCCUUGAAAAGCCAGCCGCACACAAAAAAUACGGCAGAGCACGCAGAACGCAAGGCUCUCCGAACGAGGAUCUGUUGUUGAGCGAGACCAUAUCGGCGAACACGCAGCCUCUGUCUGAAGACGUCACGGAGCCCCGGAAGAAACCGGCCCCGAGAAAAAAAUACGUAUACGGAAAGACACACAAGUGCGAGACGUGCGGCAGCUCGUUCACAUCCAACGCGUCGCUGCAAGCGCACGUGCGGAGACACCUCGGGAUCAAACCCUUCGUCUGCAGUGUGUGCGGGUACGCGUGCGUGCUGCGCAUGGAGUUGCGGCGCCACAUGAUGCGGCACACCGGCGUGCGCCCCUACAAGUGCCGCGUGUGCGACCGCAGGUUCGGCGACUUCGGCAGCAGGCAGAAGCACGAGAGGUUGCACUUGGGCAUCAGGCCGUACGAGUGUCCGCAGUGCGGCAAGUCGUUCACGUACUCAUACGUGCUCACGAACCACCUGCUCACCCACACCGGCGAGAAGAACUUUGCAUGUGAACCAUGCAACAAGAAGUUCACGAAGGCUCACCACCUGAAGUACCACAACAAGGUCCACCACAAGGAGCUGUACUUGCAGCAACAGAUGGAGCUCGAGGCUAAGAGGACGAGACAGCAGAUGAACAUCAGCGGCCUCUCGGAGGUGCUGUCAGGGAAGAUUGUCGAUGGGAAACUGCUCAUCUCUGGGAACUCGCUGAACGAAGGUCAAGAGACGCUGAUCAUUGAGGAGGAGAACGUCGACGGAGACAUCAAGGAGACCGGACGAGCGGUCGCCGACAUGCAGGUCACUGUACGCGCCACUCGGUUACAACUAACCCGACUCGUGUCACGUAGUGAUUGCUUAGAGGCUUUUAAGAUUGGUUUUGAAGUCGUCGUGGCCUAAAGGAUAAGACGUCCGGUGCAUUCGUAUCGAGCGAUGCACCGGUGUUCGAUAAGCCUUUGAGCUGUUGUAUUUUAAUUGUACUCUGUAAACAAGGCAAAAAAAAGAACACUUUUAGUUCCAAUGGCUUCCGUCUGAGUCGCCACUGUCGAUUUUCUCUCUUCACAUUCAAUUUUUUUUUAUUGCUUAGGUACGUGGAUGAGCUCACAGCCCACUUGGUUUUUGAGUGGUUACUAGAGCCCAUAGACAUCUACAACGUAAAUGCGCCACCCACCUUCAGAUAUCAGUUCUAAGAUCUGAAGUAUAGUUACAACGGCUGCCCCACCCUUCAAGCCGAAACGCAUUGCUGCUUCACGGCAGAAAUAGGCGGGGUGCGGACUUAUAAGAGGUCCUACCACCAGCUUUUAAGUCGUCGUGGCCUAAAGGAUAAGACGUCCGGUGCAUUCGUAUCUAGAGAUGCACCGGUGUUCGAUAAGUCUUCGAGUUGUUGUAUUGUACUCUGUAAGCAAGGCUCACCACCAGCGACUCCGGUCAAAUGUCGUUUCAGUGUUGCUAAGAAAAAAAAAAUAACGCGUUUAGUUCCAGUGGCUUCCGUCUGAGUCGCCACUGUCGAUUUUCUCGCUUCACAUUCAAGUUGAAAACAUUAAUGGCGUGACAAAUUUAUUAAUUUAUGUGUUGGUCUUUAGUUAUUUGCUAUUGCCUUGGUACAGAUAUUAACGCAUUUAAGGUUUAGGUACAGUAGAUUGGGGAGAAUCGGGACGCGUACUAAUAAAAUUGAGAUUGAAAUUGUUUCGGAGGUUUCAAUUUUCAUAUACAAUGCAUUAUUAUACAUAGUUCAUUGAAAAAUAUACACAAAAACUUAAAAAACUAGCUUAACCUGAUCCACCUUGGCUUUUGGGGGGAAUCGGGUCACGUAUGGGGACAAUAGAGUUUUUCAAUAGGGCUGGCACUGUUUAGUUGUUAGGUAGGUACUUACCUUUAGGUAAUUAACUUUUCAAUAUCUUUAAUCAGUUACAAAUCUCUGAUGACUAAAUUAAACUAUUUAAUAUUGUUAAACAAUAAAUAAAAGUCCUUUUCAAUUCAACAAAUUUGAAUCUCACAAAAACCUUGUGACAACCAAGAUUUGUGCCUAUUCUACAUCUAGUCCCUAUUCCCCCCAAUCUACGGUACAUAGUAUGUAGUUCGCAUUCUCUGCUUAUCUAUAUAUUAAUACGUGAAGCAAAAACUUUGUAUUCCUUUUUACCAAAAUUGCGCGGACGGAGGAGUAUGAAAUUUUCCACACUUAUAGAGAAUAUAGAGAAGAAGUGCAUAAUGCUAAUUUUUUUUAAAAUAAUGCGUAAAAGAUACAUUAAAUCAAUAAAGAAAACAUUACACACACUACAUACCAUGUAUUUGACGCACACACGCAUGCAUACUAUUUAUUGUCAAACUUUUGUUCUUGGCGUCUGUUGUCAAAUUGAGAAUAGAUUAAAUAUUGUUUGUCUCUGUUAAUACUUUUUAUAGUGUAGUCUUGGCGAAGUUUGUGAUUAUAGAAGUAUAAAAUACAAUCACAAUAGUGUACAAACUUACAAUUCCAAUUAAUUAUAGUCGAAUUUCGACUACUGCGGGACCACUAGUAAAAUAUUCAAGCUUGUUAAUAAAUUUGUAUCUCUUCAACAGGUCGUGUUGGACGAAGACUUUUAUUUAGAACAAACAAA